ACAAAGGGGCUCCUCUGGGGAGGGUGGGGGUAGAUGAGAGUGGGGACUUGGAUCUGCCUGCCAGGCCGUCCUGGGCGCUGCAGGAAGCAACAUGACUUAGGUAACUGCCCAGAGGUCCCACGCAUCUCCAAGGCCCUGGCCCUCUCCCCAGGUGCACCAGACAUGAUGCAGCAGCCGCGAGUGGAGACAGAUACCAUCGGGGCUGGCGAGGGGCCACAGCAGGCAGUGCCCUGGUCAGCCUGGGUCACAAGGCACGGCUGGGUGCGCUGGUGGGUGAGCCACGUGCCCCCAAGCUGGAUCCAGUGGUGGAGCACCUCGAACUGGCGGCAACCGCUGCAGCGCCUGCUGUGGGGUCUGGAGGGGAUACUCUACCUGCUGCUGGCAUUGAUGUUGUGCCAUGCACUCUUCACCACUGGCUCCUACCUGCUGAGCUCCUUGUGGCCCGUCGUGGCUGCGGUGUGGCGCCACCUGCUACCGGCUCUCGUGCUGCUGGUGCUCAGUGCUCUGCCUGCCCUCCUCUUCACGGCCUCCUUCCUGCUGCUCUUCUCCACACUGCUGAGCCUCGUGGGCCUCCUCACCUCCAUGACUCACCCAGGCUACACUCAGGAUUUGGAUCAAUAGAAGGGCAACCCCAUCCCACUGCUUGUGUCUGUUGAGCCCUGGCCUAGGGCCUUGAGACCCCACGGGGAGAGGGAGGGCAAUGGGAUCAGGGCCCCCUGCCUUGGCAGGCCCCAGACCCCCAGUCCCUAACAGGUAGACUGGGCUGACCCCGGACUCCUUCCUCAAGUCAAUGCUGCAGGUUCCUGGUGUGAGGGCCUGGGGGCUUUGAGAAGAGGGGGCAAGACAGAUGGCUUAGCCAUUGGUGAAAAUUGCUUAGCCAGGGGCAGAGCUUGACCAAGCCACUGAUAGCGCCCAUAUGGAUGUGAUGAUACCCGUGAGGCCCCCUUGGCAACUGACAGCAUCUUUUUCUCAUAGCCACUCAGCUGUCUCAGCUUCAGACUCACUGAGAACUUCUACCUGGGUACCACUGGCCUUGCCAUUCCUCCCACCAAUCCCCUCUUUCCACUUCCAGGAGAACCACAGACUCUAGAGAGGGUCGCAGUGACAAAAAUCUAUCAGGGAGAAGGCUGGCCAGAAGCCCCAGGAGACCUCAACUCACUCGCUCUCCAAAUCUUGCACCGCACGCAUCCUCCUCCCUAGACUUCCUACUUCCUGCCUCAGUCCGCAUCCCCAAGUCUGAGAAAUGGGCCAACUGGGGUCAGACAGCACCUACUCACUCUCUAAGAAUCCCAAGGUCUGUUAUGGAAAAAAUGAUCAAGAAGUCCCAUUUCACCCACUUACACAAUGUGUGGCCUUGGCCAAUUAAUUCAUUUGAGCCUCAGUGUUACGUGGGCCACUUCUGUCAUGGGGUUGUUGUGAGUCAAAGACAAUAUCUAUUUGUGAAGCAUUUUGUAGAAGCCAAAAACCUGUAAGAUGUUGCUUUGAGCUCUAAGAACAUUCUGUAGGCGCCUAAGCUCUUUUGACCCCAAAGACUGUUGAAGGAACAGGAAGCUUCUCUGGGCUUUCAGAUCAACUCUCUGUCCUGGAUAGAAUUUUGGCCCUAAAAUGGUAAACAAGAGGUUGGUUAAGUGUGGACAAGAUGUAAAAGGUCAUGUGCCAUGAAAUCUCAAAA